AUGACGAACACUUUCAUCAAUUACUCCUUCACACUGAAGUACGCUGGCUGUCGAAAGGCUUAUAGGAAAACAGACAUCGCCUAUUUAACAGAUUUGUUUACAAAAUUUAAUAUGGUUAAUUUGCAAUUACAAGGCGACAGUUUAAAUUUGAUUAAAACAAAGUCCAUCUUAUCAGCGUUUAGUCCAUCUUAUCAGCGUGUCUUGCCAGAGUUAAACUAA